AGCGGUCAUCACCAACAGAACCUUCUGGUCCAUCACUGCUAAUGAUGUCAUUAAUAUACAGAAAUGAUCAGGCUUAAAGGAACUCAAGUUGUAGACCAAAAUUUUGGGUCAGUUGAAAGUUAAGGAGGAAGGGCAGAAAUUUUAAACUAUUGCUACAUUUUAUUGUCCGAAUAAUUAUACCUUUUCUUGCAGCCUAACUUUUUAAAUGCCUGAGGAUAAUCCUGAAUUUGCUAUUGCUGUGUAGUGUUUAAUUAUAAAUAUAAAGUGUAAAUAGUUUGGCUAUGUACUGUGAAAGUUUCAACCAAAUUAUUUACAUGAUUUGUCCUUUUUAGCAGACUUUUUCAGUUUUAUUUUUGUUCAUAAAACAUACAGAUUAGUUGUCCCCCUCUCUCUCCUCCCAUCUUUGUGUCUUCGUUUUAAUUUUUUAUUUAAUUAAAAUAUAAUUACAUCAUUUAUCCCCCUUCCAACACUCAGAUUCAUAGCCUCUUAUUAUUAGCUUUAUGUUUGUGUAUGCAGAUAAAUAUAUAAAUGCAACCUGCAGCAGUCUGUGGAAUGUGGCAUAUGUGUAUAUUUGUAAGACUGACCAAUUGGUAUUGGAUAACCAUUUAGAGGGCCAGUCUUUAUUGUAGUAAUGAAUAGUUUCUUCAAAUCUUUGAAAUUGUAAUUGAUUUCCUGUAUCCUUAUUACUUUAGUUUUUAGAGGCCUGUCACUGUUAAUUAAAUACACUUGGAUGUGUUUUGAAGUAUUCAUCUAAUGUAGAACAUACAUACCUAGGCUUAAAAGAAAAGCUGUCCAAUAGUUUCCUGAGAACGCCUACAGCCUACCUACACAGUAAACGGGAGUUCAAGGCAGACGCUGGGAGAGAUGUCAGAAGACUCAGAGGAGGACGACUCAGACCGAACUAUCAGUGAUGACGAUGAAUCAUCCAUAUCUACUUCCUUACGUGCUGACACUGCUACAACAUAAUAUGCAGCGUGCUAGAACCACUGGUGUUCCACCCAGAGCUCGUGUGUUUGACCACAGUACGUUAGCGUUACUGCCUAACACCAGGAGAGGAUGUGGGGAGUAGGAAAGGAAGGGGAGGGGUUAAUGUUUGAGAAUACUGUGUCUGGUCCUACAACCUGUUCUAAGAGAUUUCCUUUUAAAAGUAUAAAUUAUAUGUUUAAAGUCACAAAAUCUCUCCAAAAUGACAUAUUGUUCCCUAAGUCCAUAACUUUCUGUGUUUUUUUUUUGAGUUCUCAUUCUCCAGUUGUUUUCCCAAGUGUCCCAGUAUUAAACUUCAUUCCAUCUGUGUAGUCGUUAUCAUUGCUAUACCCUGUGGAAGAGGAGGAAUAAAGAUGCAAACUUUAAGGUUCCAGUGCAUUGAAGCUACUGCUUUGGGGCCAAUGACCCAAAGAAUCAUUGGAAUCUCCCAUUUAUUAAAGAUUAAAGACAAUCCCAAGUACUUAAAAACAUUAAACAAAACUCUGGAUUUUGAUAUUAUUGGUUCUUAAAUUUAAAAUUCUUUUGUUUCAGGAUGAGGAUACGUUCAUGAAAUUUAUAAGUGAUGAUAUUCAUCAGUGUACACUACUAGCAGCUGGUUCUAUUGGUGACCCAUUCUUCCCUCGAACUACACAGAUUUUAUUAGAGUAUCAGCUAGGAAGAUGGGUACCACGUCUUCGUGAACCACGGGACUUAUAUGGUGUCUCUUCUUCUGGUCCACUGAGCCCAACACGGUGGCCAUACCACUGUGAAGUCAUUGAUGAAAAAGUUCGACAUAUUGAGUGGACUCCUUUUUUUCCUGAGCCGGUAUAUGUCCCAACAGGCCUGGAAAUAGAACCAGUUUACCCAAAUACCAAGGAAGAUACUGUGGUUUAUCUAGCUGAAGAUGCUUACAAAGAGCCCUGUUUUGUGUAUUCCCGAGUUGGGGGUAACCGAACACCCUUGAAACAACCUGUGGACAACUGUGACAACACUUUGGUGUUUGAAGCGAGGUUUGAGAGUGGUAAUCUACAGAAGGUAGUCAAAGUGGCAGAUUAUGAAUACCAGUUGACUGUGCGUCCAGACCUCUUCACAAAUAAGCAUACUCAGUGGUACUAUUUCCAGGUCACUAAUACCCAAGCAGAAAUAGUUUACAGAUUCACUAUUGUCAACUUCACCAAGCCUUCUAGUCUUUACAAUCGGGGUAUGAGGCCACUGUUCUAUUCUGAAAAAGAGGCCAAGAUUCAUAACAUUGGCUGGCAGAGAAUAGGAGACCAAAUCAAGUAUUAUAAAAAUAAUCUUGGGCAAGAUGGGCGCCAUUUUUUUUCUCUUACAUGGACAUUUCAGUUUCCACAUGACAAGGAUACUUGCUACUUUGCUCACUGCUAUCCAUACACUUACACCAACCUUCAAGAAUACCUUUCUGGCAUCAACAGUGACCCAGUGAGAUCUAGGUUUUGUAAAAUACGUGUCUUAUGUCACACACUUGCUAGGAAUAUGGUUUAUGUCUUGACAAUCACUACUCCCUUGAAGAACAGUGACUCAAGAAAGCGCAAGGCUGUGAUUUUGACUGCAAGGGUCCAUCCAGGAGAGACCAACAGCUCUUGGAUCAUGAAAGGCUUCCUAGAUUAUAUUUUAGGAGACUCAAGUGAUGCACGGCUGCUUCGGGACACUUUCGUCUUCAAGGUGGUACCCAUGCUGAAUCCAGAUGGUGUGAUUGUGGGAAAUUACCGAUGUUCCUUAGCUGGACGGGAUUUAAACCGCAAUUAUACAUCUCUCCUGAAGGAAUCUUUCCCUUCUGUUUGGUAUACAAGGAACAUGAUCCAUAGGCUAAUGGAGAAACGAGAAGUCAUUUUAUAUUGUGACCUUCAUGGCCAUAGCAGGAAGCAGAACAUUUUCAUGUAUGGCUGUGAUGGUAGCAACAGAUCUAAAGCCAAAGGAUUGUACUUACAGCAACGGAUCUUUCCACUUAUGCUGAGCAAAAAUUGUCCAAAUAAAUUUUCCUUCUCAGCUUGCAAGUUUAAUGUUCAGAAGAGCAAAGAGGGGACGGGAAGGGUUGUGAUGUGGAAGAUGGGCAUCAGGAACAGCUUCACGUUGGAGGCCACCUUCUGCGGAUCUACUCUUGGCAAUAAACGAGGCACUCAUUUCAGCACAAAAGACUUAGAGUCAAUGGGAUAUCAUUUUUGUGAUUCUCUAUUGGACUACUGUGAUCCUGACCGGAGUAAGUAUUUUCAGUGCCUGAAAGAAUUAGAAGAAAUGGAAAAACGUAUGAACUUGGAAAGAGCCUUUGAUAUCUCAGAUACUUCUCUAGUAGAAAUUUCAAUGGAUGUAGAGUCUAGUAGUCGAGGCUCUGACAGUUCAGAGUCCAAUGACACUCAGACUUACCUUCUCAAGUUGACCUCUCAGGCAAAAAACAAGAAAAAGUAUCUGAGAACAAAGAGGGAAAGAAAUGCCACCCUAGCAAAGCGCCAGAAUAGCACAAGAGAGGAAAGAACUGAGGAGACAGCUGGGAGGAGCCCUCCAGAACUCAGAACAGACCUCAAACACAACUUCCAGACCUGCCCAUUCAAAGGAGAUUUUAAAAAUUCACCUGAAGAGCAAAUUAUGAUCCUGGGCAAGGUUUAUGGUAAAGAACAUUUACUCCAAAGACAUGAAGAAUCCAAUUGUAAUGUGAAAGAUCCAAGGCCGACUGUACCAGAUGUGUUCGUGGCUCAUUGUUUCAGAAGACCAUCGCCUAAUCAAGGCUUGGUGAAAAUUCCUGGACAUACAUUUUAUCCGCAAAAAACACACUCAAGCUCCCGACGUAUGAUUCAGGGUCUUAACAAAGACCAACAGACAUAUAUUUUAGAAACUUGUAAAAAUCCAAUCCAAGAAGAAGUUCAGUCCAAAGGAAUCGACAUGUAUGAAAGUUGUUUCAAAGUGGAAUCCUUGAAGUGUCCUAUGAACAAACAAACUUCAAAUUGGAUUGAGAAGACAAGAAUACCAACAGAGUCGCAUCAUGAAUCGAAAAGCAAAACAAAACGAUGCACAUCUUUUCAGAGCAAGAGGCCUGGCACAAAUUGGACAGACGAUGAAAAAAGAAUCUACAGGGAUAAGAGAAUAGCGCAAACUCAGGAAAUUCUACAAUACUUACUCCCUAUCGUGGAAUCCUCUAAAAACAUAAAAGCUACUCAAAUGAAAGACCUAUUCAAUCCAGGAGCUGACUUGCAGCACCAUCAAUUUAUUCCAGCUACUUGCAUAAAUAUAAGAAGAUACAGCACACCUUGGACACCAACCAGAAAUCUCCCUUCUAAAACCCAAAGGAAUCUUAUGACAAACACCUCAGAAUGGCUCCGGUCUGUGCCCCAGAGCUCAUUUGAAAGUUUAUCACCCCUCUGCAAUCUUCAGAAGAGGAAAAAGCAUUCUGAACUCUGGGCCAGAGCCACUGAAGAUGCGAUGCUUCCCAGCAGCAAACGGGAGACUCUUCCCUCACGUUCUACAAUGGAUGCCGAUACUGUCAGAGACAACAGUCUUCAGCAUGAAGACUCCAUCCUAAAGAGCUCUGAGCAGGUAGUUCCCCAUCUAACUAAAAAUAACAAGAAACCAAGUAAGAGCGAUGACCUGCUCACCUUCCACCUGAAAUUCCAAGACAACAGUUAACCAAAAGCCGAAAGUGACUCUGAUAACUGUGACUGAUCGAGACGUGCUGACACAGCAAAAAUCAGCCAUCCCCUUCCCUGGCCCUCCCCUCCCUCUACACAUGUGUGUGUGGAUACCCAACUACAGAGUUUACAUAGCCCAUCUUCCUUAGAGGAAACAUCUUUCAGAGAUUAUAAAACUCCAGAGGAAAUAUAGAAAAUUUAAAAACACAUAUAUUUAAUUUGUAUCAACAUGGGGAAAAGCUUGAAACUUGAUUUCUUCCAAAAUUAUGCAUGUAUAUAACAACAGGAAACUAAAACUUCAAGAAAGGAAAGACAUGCUAUUAAUGAUUUUAGUUGCUUUGACAAAUUAGCAGCCAACCAUUUCCUGAACCUCUUAUAUAUAGUUGGUGUGCUAGAGAAAUAAACAAUAUUUCUCCCUUCUAGAAAAGCAUCCUAUAAUUGUUCCUGUGAACACACAUGACAGCUGAGCAUAGUGGCAUCCACUAGUAAUCCCAGCACUUGGGAGGUAGAGGCAGAAGGUCAGUGAUUCAAGACUAGCCUGGGCAACAUUUAGAAGUAGCAAGGUAAAUACGAAUAAGAACUGAAUAAGAAUAUAUAGUAAAGCACUAACUUGUGUUCCUCCAGUUGAUGAGACAGCACAUAUUGAAAGAUGCUAAUUGCACAGACCAAAGGUGGAACCAAAUUACAUAGAAAUGUAUAGUGGUUUUGAAGUCAUUUUACCUCUCACAGUUAUGCAAAGUUGUAACAGAUUAGAAGUUCCGUGUCUCCUAGAGUCAGUGCAUGCCCACCUCCAGUCUUUUAUUCAAAUGGAUACUUCAGAAGCAAGUUCUACACUUCAUGUUUGUCAUAAUGUGGUAAGCUGUCAGGAGUGGGGGCGCGGGGUUGUAAUCCCAUCUGCUUAGAAGCCUGGUUGAGACAGAUCACAAGUUCAAGGCUUGCCUGGGCUACAACAUGAGUCCAAGAGCAGUCUCAGCAGCAUUAAUGAAGCCCCGCAUCCAACUGGAAGACUAAAACAAAGAGGAGGGAAGGGGUGUCGCUCUGUGACAGAUAAGCAUGCCCCGAGUGUGGGGAGGCCCUGCUUUAUAUCCCAGUGUCACACAGACAGAAAAAUACAGUGAGCAGAAGGAGGUCCCCGCAGCGUGUGCAGAGGGUAAGUGUAGCAAGUGUGUCCGUGAAGACGGAGGCACAGCUGGCACAGGUCUAAGUGAUGUGAGCAGACUCUGCAGUCAGUGUUUCAGUAGAUGAAAAGACAAGACGAGCUCACAUGUUCAGAGAAGAAACGUUAUUUACAGGGAAUUUUGACCAUACAUGUCCUCAAAACUCCUUGCACAUGGUAGGAAACAACUGUUUUUCUCAGGAAGAAGGACUGGAGUUGGGGGUGGCUAUUGGGGUUCUCAGAGAGGUCCCUAAUCUCUUUACUAGGAACUCUUCCUUUGGUAACUGACACCACAGUAGAGUACAGACUCUCAAAAGUCAACUUGCCCUUGUUCUCAUAAAUCAAGGAAAACUAAACUUCAUGGAAAUCUAAAAGUUUAAAUUGACAUUUGUUCUUUGAAACUUCAAUCAUAUGAAAGUUUGAGACUACAAACUUAAGGGUUGAAUAUCUUUGUGAGUGUAACCAAACUAACAAACUGGUCUCUUGGAAGACUGAGGUGUGCAGAGGAAUAGCCUUAAUUAUUUGACCAUCCUUUCCCUUAUAAUCCCCCGCCUUGUGUCCUGUUUUUUUGUGUCUUACUGUAUUACUUACUGUUUUGUGUGUGGGGAUGUGUGACUCUCAUGUGCCAUUAUGUCAUGUAUGCCAUGGUACACCUGGAGGUCAGAAGACAAUUUCCUGGAGUGUGUUCUCCUACCACAUGGGGACAGGGACGAGCUCAGGUGGUCAGGCUUGGCAGCAAGUGUCUAUGGCCACUGAGCUAUCUAAUAACCCUCCCCUUGUCUCUCAGUUGCUACAAAUGCCUGGCAUGUAGCGUACAAGAAUAUAUGUAAAUCAUUUUCACUGUUCUUCAUGUUAUGGUAUUUAAAUUUUCUAAGUAUGCCACUCUUCCAUAAAGGCCAUUCAUUCUAUCUGAUCUUAUGAUGGAAACCUAGCAGAACAACUGGAAAUCCUCUACUUCUCCUUGAAGAUUAAACUCAAAUGUUACCUUCUCUGGAAAAACUGCAUCAGAUCUCCCAGGAAUUUACAGUAACUAGAUUAAUUUGCCAAGACUCUGAGUGGAAUAAGUAGGCAGUGUGGGUAAGGAUGAGUAAUACGGAGAUCUGUAAGCGCUAAGACCCAAAGGGACAGCUCAGAAUUUAAGACACUAAUGAAUGCCGAGGCUUUUCUCCAUUUAGGAUGAUGUUGGCUACGGGUCUGUCAUAUACAGGCUUAUAAUGUUGAGCUGCGUUCCCGCCAAUCCUACUCUCUCUAGGACUUUUAUCAUGAAGACAAGUUGGAGUUGGUCAAAUACCUUUCCUGUGCCUACUGAGAUGAUUAUGUGAUUUUUGUCUUUAAGUCCAGUUGUAUGACUUAAUACAUUUAUUGAGUUACAUGUUCUUUUCUUUAAUUCCUACUCAGAUUUUUAUUAUUUUUUUCCACCUACUGGAUUUGGGGCUGGUUUGUUCAUGUUUUUCCAAACUUUUGAGAUGAAUCAAGUCGUUUAUUUGUGUUCUUUCUGAUUUUUUAGUGUAGGUUCUUAGAGCUGUAAUUUUUUCCUUUUCAGACUGCUUGUGAAGUGUCCCAGAGGUUCUGUGUGCUAUAUUUUCAUUUAAUUCUGGGAGUUUUAAAUUUUUCUUUGUGGAUUUCUUUGGUCUAUUCAUCAUUUGGUGGUAUGUUUUAAUUGCCAUGAGUUUUUGUAAUUACCAGGAUUCACUUGCUAUUGACUUUAAGUUUUGCUGCAUUGUGGGUACAUAUUAUACUUAGGGUUAUUUCACUUUCUUUGAUUUUUGAAAGAUUUUUGUUUGUUUGUUUGUCCUGUUGUGGGUAAAGCCUCCAAAACCAUGAAUGAAAAUUAUAUUUUCCUUCUUACCAGCUUAUUUUCAAAGGUAGUUUGCCAAAGCAAUAAAAGACUAAUUAAUGUAUGCCAAAUGUUCUAGGCCUGUAGCCUGAAGACAAGUGCCCCAACGUUGCAGAGGAUCCUUGGCUGACUGUCCAGGCAGCCAGCUGUUUCUGUCACUUCCACACUUUUUGGAAGUUGCUUGCUCACACUUUCUGCUUACUCAAUUAAUAUUAUUUCCUACUCGUGUUUCUGAGGGAGUUGAAGACUAGAUGGUUAUAGUUUUCCUUGAUUACCAGAUUCAGAAUGGAAACUCACUAAAGAGAUGUAAAGUGCAAAGUGUUGAGAGACAUUAAUUUGAUAAUGCAAUUAGAAUAGAAAGUAAAUUACGUACAACCCUGGACUCACCAAGAUAGGAUAGAUAAUGGAGUAUUUUCUCUGAAUUUGUCAAAUGCAAAUGAACUACACUGUUGAUGUAUUGUCUGUACAUAUUGUAUAUAGUUAUUGUACUUAUUGUAUGUAGUUUUUCUUAUAUUAGACAAAAAGUGGAAAUGUGAUAUUUUGUUUAUGAUCUAACAAAUAAAGCUUGCCUGAAAAUCAGAGUGCAAAGCUAGCCACACUAGUCACCCAUACUGGCCAGGCAGCGGUAGUACACACCUUUAAUCCCAGCAACCACACUAGUUAGCCACAGAGGCCAGUCGGUGGUGGUGCAUACCUUCAAUACCAGCACCAGAUAGUAUAUAAGAGGGGAGGAGACAGGAACUCGGGCUGUCCACAGUCACACUGAAGACAGGAUCCCACACCCCUUUGGUCUGAGCCUUAGUAGAGGUAAGAAACUCUCUAGUGGCUAGGCUGCUUUGCUUUUCUGAUCUUCAGCUUGAACCCCA